CGUGAUAGAGUCUGCAGAUGCAGAGGCUGCAGGUCCUGGGGUCAAGCAGGAGAGAUCUGAAGGAGAGGAGGACCAACGGCAAAGCAAAGACAUCCAGACUGGAGCGCCCCCUGUAGCCACAGAGGACCCCACCACCGCCCCAGCGCCGCCCAGGACCCGAUGCAGCAUCACGGAGGUCAGUGGAACGGCGAACGCCGUCCUCAAGUCAGAGACAGACACAGAGACUUUAACUGUAACACACAGGCUCUUACACACAGGAUCUGACCACAGAUCAGACCCAGUGGGGCUGGGGAGACUGGGCUGUCCUCCUGCUCCUGGCUCAGAGUAUUUACCUGUAUUUUACCAGAGCCAGAGGAUGGUUAAUUCCCAUGGAGAUGGUGAUGGUGAUGCGUUAGACACUGGUGGUGAUGAUUCAUCUUGUUCUUACACUACAGAGAUGGACCCUGGCAACAUAUCCUUGGGUUUAGAGACACAGACUGAUCUGUCUAGAGGGGACUGGAACCGGUGCAGUAGUAGUGUAUACUGUGAAGGGUGCCUAGAUAAGAAAGGGGAGGUUAUAGUCGUAGAUGAGAUGACUGUGAAAGUGGAGGACAACGCUCCUCUGACAUGGAAUGCAGACGAGACUCACUUAGAAGAACACUCACAAGGCAGAGAUUUCUUAGAUUACACGGAGAGCUUAGAGACAAAUCCAAAUGUAAAGACCCACUCCCCUUUACCUGCGUUCAGGGAUCACGACCCAGUGUCCACUUCAAUGGGGCCUUCCGAUUCACACAGCCGGGUCCUCUUCGAUCAGGUAUUGGACCCAAACGACAGGGCUAGAGCCCAGGCUCAGGGAGGAGCCACAUCAGGCAAUAGUAAAGAGAAACGGUUCCUCUGCAUGUUCUGUAACAAAGGCUUCAGCUGCCCCCAGAAGGUGGAAAUCCAUCAGAGGGUCCACACAGGGGAGAAACCCUUCAGCUGUGCCCAGUGUGGUAUGCGCUUCGCCGAGGCUGGCAGUCUGAAGAGGCACCAGAGGGUCCACACAGGAGAGAAACCCUUCAGCUGUACUCAGUGUCAUAUGUGCUUCUCCCACUCUUUCAGCCUAAAGAGGCACCAGAGGGUCCACACAGGGGAGAAAUCCUACAGCUGCCCCCAGUGUGAGAAAAGCUUCUCCCACCAGAACCAGCUGAAGAUGCACCUGAAGGUUCACACGGGAGAAAGGCAGUUUGCCUGUACGCACUGCGAGAAGAGGUUCUCAGAGAGGAGCUACCUCAGGAUACACCAGCAGAAACACCAUUCCACUCUAUAACAUAGAAAGUAACCAUUCCACUCGAUAGCUUCUGACGUUUAGAUCUAACCCUGCAUUAAAGACAGAUUAAUUUUCAUUGUUGUCAGCAGAAAAGAUCCACAGAUGCAUCUGGAAUAACGAGUGUAACAGAUCUGUGUUGAAUAUUCCUGGGUAGAAUAUUGCAUUCAGACAUUGUGUGAUAUAUAAGGCAUAUAUAAGCCUAAAACGGCUGUUACAUAGUGUUUGUACUGUGUAGGCUAAAUGAUGUUCACAAAUGCCUCUUUCAUUACUUUCAUUGAACUACUCCAUUUUUCACCCAAUACAUUUAUGAGAUAACGAA